CUCGGGCCCCGGCCCCGCGCCGCGCGCUCUUCACUUCUUGGGGGCUUUUUAAAACAGCGCCACUGGGGUCUUCUCCAUGCGGCUCGGGCUAUGACAGCCUCCGUGCUCCUCCACCCCCGCUGGAUCGAGCCCACCGUCAUGUUUCUCUACGACAACGGCGGUGGCUUGGUGGCCGACGAACUCAACAAGAACAUGGAAGGGGCGGCGGCGGCGGCGGCGGCGGCGGCAGCGGCGGCGGCGGCCGGGGCCGGGGGCGGGGGCUUCCCCCACCCGGCCGCCGCGGCCGCGGGGGGCAACUUCUCGGUGGCGGCGGCGGCCGCAGCGGCCGCCGCGGCCGCAGCCAACCAGUGCCGCAACCUGAUGGCGCAUCCGGCGCCCCUGGCGCCCGGCGCCGCCGCUGCCUACAACAGCGCGCCCGGGGAGGCGCCCCCGUCGGCCGCCGCUGCCGCCGCCGCCGCCGCCGCCGCCGCCGCCGCGGCCGCGGCUGCGUCGUCCUCUGGAGGGCCCGGCCCGGCGGGCCCGGCGGGCGCCGAGGCCGCCAAGCAGUGCAGUCCCUGCUCGGCGGCGGCGCAGAGCUCGUCGGGGCCCGCGGCGCUGCCCUACGGCUAUUUCGGCAGCGGCUACUACCCGUGUGCCCGCAUGGGCCCGCACCCCAACGCCAUCAAGUCGUGCGCGCAGCCAGCCUCGGCCGCCGCGGCUGCCGCCGCCUUCGCGGACAAGUACAUGGAUACGGCCGGCCCGGCGGCCGAGGAGUUCAGCUCCCGCGCCAAGGAGUUCGCCUUCUACCACCAGGGCUACGCGCCCGGGCCUUACCACCACCAUCAGCCCGUGCCUGGCUACCUGGAUAUGCCGGUGGUGCCCGGCCUCGGGGGCCCCGGCGAGUCGCGCCACGAGCCCCUGGGUCUCCCCAUGGAAAGCUACCAGCCCUGGGCGCUGCCCAACGGCUGGAACGGCCAAAUGUACUGCCCCAAAGAGCAGGCGCAGCCUCCCCACCUCUGGAAGUCCACUCUGCCCGACGUGGUUUCUCAUCCCUCAGACGCCAGCUCCUACAGGCGAGGGAGAAAGAAGCGGGUCCCUUACACCAAGGUGCAAUUAAAAGAACUCGAACGGGAAUAUGCUACAAACAAAUUCAUUACCAAGGACAAACGGAGGAGGAUAUCAGCCACGACAAAUCUCUCCGAGCGGCAGGUUACAAUCUGGUUCCAGAACAGGAGGGUCAAAGAGAAAAAAGUCAUCAACAAACUGAAGACCACUAGUUAAUGGAUUAAAAGUGGAGCGAGAGAGCAACUUGAAGAAAUGCUUCAGAACUCGUUGCUUUGCCCAGAUAGAAUGAACAUAAUGCUUAAUAAUAAUAACUGAAGAAUGGGAAAGAGAAAGAGAAAGACACUGGCAUUUUGCUUUCCUAAGGGAGAUCUCUUUCUCCUUGGUGGAAUCUACAACUCUUUUAAAACUUUAAGAAAAGGUAAAGACUUCCAGUUCUCCCGCCAACCCCACCAGACCGUUAAAUGACAAACUCUAGAGUUGAACGUCAACCCCCAAAUAUGCAAUUUCAGAUAAGUUACGCAUUUACUGAAAUCUUGUAAGUAUUUAUGUGACCAUACUAUUUCAGGAUACUGUGUUAUAUGGUAAUAAUCCAAAACUUGGUUACAAAAGUAAGAGGCUGUUGUAAACAUCUGCUUGUCUUUGGGUCGCCAUUGACAUCUCCUUUGCAUGUUAAGUGACUGCUCAGGUAAAUCUCGGUGAAAUGCCUACCAUUGUUGUAUAUUCUGCAAAACAUGUAUAGAUUGAGAAGGGGAGAGAGGAGAAGGUACUGAAAUAAUGAUCUUGGGCUAUUUACAAUGAAGGAAGAAAGGGAGAGAGAGCUUUUCUGAGGAUCAUUUGUCUUGGUAGUAAAUACAACCAGCUGAGCCUUUGAGGCUACAAGGGAACCCCAGGUUGGGAACGUCUUUCUGACAAUAAUUUUAAAUUGCUCAUAACAAGCAUAUUUUGUGGCAUUUGGAUUAUAUGCUCUGCCUGAUACCAUUUACUUUCCAAAGGAUUUGAUAACUUUUCAAAAAAAAAUAUUUCAAGCAUCAGAUGUUUCAUAGAAUUCACUUUGUCAGCUAUCCUGAGAGGUCCAUCGGGACAUGGUGGACUUUGGAUUGAACAGAGUUCAUGUUUCAUUUAAACUGGUAUUUCCCCCAGAAUUUACUAAACAUUUGCUGGAGAAUAAUUUUGCUUUUUUAUUUUUUUAGAAAACUCAGAACGGAAAUCCAUUCCCCUGAAACAUUUAGAUGUUUACAAUUCUAUACUUUGAUCUAUUAAGGGAUUAGUAUUUUUUCCUUGUUUAUUGUGUUAUAAGACUGCAUUAGGAAGUUUAAGGAUUCAUCUUUACAGCACAUUUUUAAUCAAGCAGUUAUUUCCACCAGCACAUUCAUUUUGUUCACAUUCACUAUAAAAUGCUAUCUUGUAAAUAAAGACAUUCAGCACACUGUGAAAAUGUAUUUGUGCACCUGCUUUUCAAACAUUUCUACUAAAAAUAAGAAUUAAAAAACCUUAGACCUGUAGAUAAUGAUAUAGUGGUAUUAAUUAUGGUAAUAAAAUAGUCACUGCCAUUAAAAUCUAAAGGAAAUACUCGUUAUUUUCCUAUACUAAAUGUGCACUGCACAGAAAGAAAAAAUGGAGCGGGUUUGUCCUAUACAAACCAAGGACCAUUCUUUUCUAUUAUUAAUUCAGUCUUUUUUUUUUUUCACUACAAAUUUUUUAAGCAAAAGGAGAACUCCCUCAUAACUAAAAUCCUGAAAAUUUAGAUAAGUGCUUCAAGAAAGCUAAAGCAUUAGACAUUCUGAGAAGGAGAAAAAAGAAAGGAGGAAGAGAUAGUAUAAAUUCCCAGGCUCACUGUGGAAAAUGAAAACCAGUUGUUUAGUAUCAGUGAUGCCCAGGCUAUAUCGUAUUUUCAAAUAUGCUGUUGGGUCUGCAUGUGUCUGAAAGGGCAGGUUUUGAUAUUUGUUGAAAUGACAGGACUAGGAAAGGCCUUAAACCUUGACCUUGACGAAAAAAGACAAUUUGUGACCUUGACUUUUGACAGCUCAUGAAUUGGCCUCGGCUGGAUUAGUAGAUCAAGGGCGCCACCUCGCGUUGACAAGCUUCCUUGUAAUUCUUCAGCUUCAAGGGAAUCAAAAGGUCUUACCUCCUUGACUCCUUGUUUUAGAGAUUUAGUACUCAUUUCUUUGGCCCCAGAUGGAACAAAUUUGAAUAUAUGUAAGUUAUACAUGUGCCUGUAUAUAUGUGAAUAUAUAUUAUUUGUGUGUAUACAUGUAUACAUUUGCAUAUCAGUGCUUGUGUGUGCUUGUAUAUAUAUAUAUAUAUAUAUAUAUGUAUUUGUAGAGUCUGUACAGAUCCAAUAUCACUAAUUACUGAUGACCCAAGAUGUUGUAACUUAAGGUGAUUUCUAGAGUUGAGGUACAAAAUGUACUUUACAUGAUGAAGUUUUGCUCCUUUUCUUUAAUGGCCAAGUUUGAUUUGUCUUCCCAGUGCCCGCUCUGCCUCAGAUUUCUGCAGAUCUGCUUCAAAGCUGUACGUUUUUGUUACAGUCUAAAAGGUGUUCUUAAAUAACCAUUCUUUCCUGGCCCUCACCCUCCAAGGUGGUCUACCGUCCUAAUUAGAGCUAUAGGGGAGUCUAUAUGGCAAAUAAAAAGUUUCAGAUGCCUCGCUAA